ACCUGGCGGGUCUGGCAGCGCCCUCUCCACCCCUUCCCCCCGCAACAUGCUCUCCCCCUCCUCCCGCCCUUCCCCCCGCCCCUCCCCCCGUGGCGGGUUGCCCUCCCCUUCCCCCCGCGGCCUGUCGUCCCCCUCCCCCCGCUCCGUCCACUCUCCGUCUCCACGAGCCUAUGGGAGAACAGGACUCGCUCUGCCGUCUCCUCCCGCUCAUCCCCCCUCGGGUCCUUCUCCCCACCCAUCCUCCUCGGGUAAUCCACCCCACCCAUCCGCCUCCGCAUGGCCUCCCCGGUCCCGAAGCAGCAGCCCGUGCCCACGACUUCCCAACAGCCCACUCCAUCCCCGCGGGAGUGCUGCUGCUGCUGCCUCCCAUCCGCCUGCUGCUCCGUCUUGUCUUGGAGUACCUGGUACCAGUGCAAGUGCAGGUACGAGUGCAAGCGUUAGUGCACACGCAAGUGCGAGUGCAAGCGUUAGUGCGCACGCAAGUGCGAGUGCAAGCGACCGAGAAAGAGGUGAUGGUGGAGAGGGGCAAGGUGAGUUGGGGAAGUGUGGAACAAUCGUGCAUGCUCUACCUGGCGCCAAUGCUGGACAGCACACUCCGCCUCCGGUUGACCCAGUUGACCCAGCUGAGCCAGUUAGCUCAAUUAAUCCAGACUCCAAGAAAGGUGACAGCUCCAUUCUCGCGACUUGUCAGCCUCAGCUUCAGCAGCAGCAGCAGCAGCAGCAGCAGUGGGAGGAGCAGGUGGCAGAAGAAUUGCAGGAUGGGAGAGGAGGGCAGCAGCAGCAGCAGCAGCAGCAGAUGCCACAGAUGCCACAGAUGCCGCAGAGAAUAGUGCAGCAGAUCUUACCAUCCGCUGCGGACCUAGAACCAGUCUUGCCCGCAUACUCCAGCCAAUCAUUGUGGGGCUUUGUAGCAGAGAUCGACGGCCCAGAUGCGUUCGCUGGAGGCGUGGGCACAGAGGAGGAUGAUGCUGCUAGUGGCGGGGGGUUCCAGGAAUCUCUGUCAAUGACUGCUGGUCAAGGGCAGACUGCAGCAUCCCUUGACAUGCAUGAUAUCGAGCAACUCCUUAUGGGGGAUGAAUGUGCUGCUGACAUGUCGGGCUGUGAUUGGCCCAGCAGUGUUGGAAACCCUGGGCUGGGGGGGAUUGGCCCUGGAGGCACCACAGAAGUUGGAGGGGUUGGAGGAAUACAGGAUCACGGAGGAGUAACAGAAGCUGCAGUAGGAGUAACAGAUGGUGCAAUAGCAACUCCUCUGGGUGAAACAUCGACGGAUGGGGAUGUGGCAGAUGUGAGUGCAGUGGGGCAUCUACUCUUUGAUGACUCGUCAGCCAUGCAGCAGCUGAGCGCUGAUUGGCUGACUGAUUUCCAGAGGAGCAAUUACGCUGCCUUCACCCCUGACACUGGGGCUGCGCUGGUGCCUGGAGCACCGGCUGCAGCACAGCAAGCAGCCCUAUCAUCAGCUGAGCAUGCAGCUGGAAUGCCAUCAUCAGGGGGACCCUCUGUGCCAGUGCAGCAGGGGGUGUGGCAGCUUGGAGCGGCCAAGGGCAGGCAACCCAGUCAGGAUGGGUCUGGUGCUGGAGGAGAGUACCACUGGGGACUGGGCUUUGUGCCUUGA